AUGAACUGGAUAGGAGGCCGUCUCCGACGCCAUUCCAACCAAGGAAAUACCCAACUAAACAACCGGAAGCAAAAGUUCCAGAAAUCAAAGUCGCGAUUCAAAGCCCGGGCGAGCCCUCCAGAUCUGUCGCUCUUCACAGCUAACACCCAGCAAGUCCUCCGCCACAAAGAGACACAAGAAGAGCACGAUCGUGUCCCAAUCGCACCUCCAUGCUCCACUGCCCCCUCGCCACUCAAAACAACAACCCACACUGACUUCCUCAAGCAACAGCUACUUCAAAAGUCUGACUGGGCCGCUGUCUCAGCCGCCCGUCCGCUCGAAAUAUCAUUCGCCCCCGUAGAAGAGACAGGACGGUUCGGCAAACGAAGGAGGCUGACGGACUCUGACCGGAAGAGGCUGAGUUCUCACCAAUCUCGACCAGGAGAUACCCAGAUAGUCUGGACGAGCCGACAGGAGGAUGACCUAUCAGAAGUCGGCACAAUCGACAAAUUGGAUAUCAGGAUCGAUGGACAGCGGCCAAACGCUGGACGGAUGAGCAGCCAAUUGGCCGAUAAAGGACUCGCUUCGUCCCAGCCAAUGCUUCUGGACUCUGAGCCGUUGGACACGCCACUCGGAGAUGAUAGGAAUGCACGACUCUGGGAAGACCGGUCUCUGUCCCCUUUUCCGGAUCGAGAAUCUCUACACCUUGACUCGCCUAGCUUAUACUCCCCCUCGAAGCGCGGUACUAGUCCCCCCAUCGAAGAACAAGUGUUCCCUCCCAGACGACAUUUCACACUCGACGACCAACUCAUCGCCGAACAAGAAGGCAGACUCAACAUCCUCCACCAUCCACAUCCACCCACAGAGGACCCCCACCCCGUAGACAACUAUCGUUCCUCGCCACCACACGAGAAAGAAGCAAACAGACUGGACCAAGCCACCGGAGACACCCAGUCCUCCUCAGGCAACCACUGGCUCCCAAACCCACGCUGCACAAUCCAACGAGCGCUGUGUUCCAAGGCCCCACUCUCAACGCCAUCGACAACCAGAUCGACUCUGUCUCGCCCCUCACAAUAUACGGUCAACCGGUUAUUUCCCUCGACCAGGUCACCGCCCGACACGCCUCUCCUCCACCGUGGAUCCUCAGUUCUCCUGAGCUCAACACACGAGCCAGACGACAACAAGAACAUGGCAUAAACAAGGACUACCCCUCUACCUCUAUUCCUUCCACAGAGUCUAUCCCCAGAGCAAGUAGUCCACAACCUGUUCAUAAACUAGACUAUUUUUGCUCCCGCGGAGAUAUACCCACAAACACAUAUAUCCUAGACUCGCUACGCAACUUACCCCAGACUACCACCACCACUGACAACAAC